GUAAGUGUUCACUGUGUUGUUUCAGAAUGAAUAGUGACAAAGAUGACUAACUAUUUAGGACGUUGUGCUUAUUUUGUUAGAGCUGCAAUUGAAAGCAUUUUCACAUACUUGUGUACAAAAUGUAAUUUACGUAUAGUAUUGCUUCACAUUCAAAUGUAAUUGUGUAGAGUUUAUUUGAAACGAUGAAUGUCAGCCACGGCUCUGAUUUCACCAUCUCACAGGGCAUAAAGCCAGCCCCUGCUGACCAUCAGACUCCUGCUGACUGUUUGACUUUGCAGCCCGAUCCUGCUGUUUCGAUGCUCGGAGAAGUCCCGGAGUAGCUGUGCUCUUGGACCUUUUUCUCUGCAAUCAUUUCACAGUCCAGCCAGAUAUUAGAGAUUCACCAGAAGUUGCAAUACACCUACUACCUCCGGCUGGGGAGGAAAAUCCGCACUCGCACCAAUUGGGAAAUACAGUUAGCAGAAGCUUGAAACCUUAGAACCUAGGUUUAGGAAGGAUAUUUUCUUUCCCCGUUUUUCUCUUUUUUCGGCAAUCGGAAAUUAACUUGGUGGUUAGAGGGCGAGUGGGAGUUCCAGCCCACUCUCCCCGUCUGACCCUGUCGCCGGCAGCGCUGGCUGCCCGGAGCAGGGGCGGUUCGCAGGCCGCCAGCUGCCCGCUCCCAUGCCACCGUCCUGCCCCGCCAGGCGGGGAGGCGAUGCCGCGGCCCCGGCCCCGGCCCCGGCCCCGGCCCCCGCCGCAAAUGAAACUGAAAGCGCUGCGCGAGCAGGGCCGGGACCCCCGGCCUCGGCGCGAUGCUGGCCCGGCUGCCGCUGGCCGCGCGGGCUUCAGACACCACCCCGCCUCCGCUGGAAACGGUGUUUCAGAGGUUUCCUCUUAUUAACAUCUGUAACGGGGCGCGGGACGAGCAGCGCGACCGCAGCACGGGGUCGCCCCAGCUCGCCGCCCACCGGCAGCGCCCGUGCCCGGCGCCUGCCGCCGGCACCCCGCGGCUGCGGCUGCGGCUGCGGCUCCGCCGGGCGGGCCGGGCCGGGCUCCCCUCAGGCGGCUCCGGGCGAGGGUCCCGCCGCCCCUCCCGCUCCCGCGCCCCCGGCUGCGCCCCUGCCCCCCCGCCGCCACGUGACGGGCGCGCAUGCGCGGCGGUCAGGGGCACAUCUGCAGGCUGACGUCAGCGGGCCCCGCGCCGUCCCCCGGGCGAGGCUGCCAAGGCUCCCCCGCUGCCGCCGCGCUCGGCUUGGCCCGGCGCCGGCAGCCAGAGGAGGUCUGGGGCUACUUCAACCAAACUUUUCUGAGUCCUUCCUGCUCUGCCUGCCUCCCCUCUGCUCCCCCUCUCUUUCCCCCCUUUCUGUCUCCCGGUCCCCCCCCCCCCCCCCCCCCCCAACUCAGAUGAUAUUCACAUGGUAUUUUGCACAGAGGAGGCUGCUCAAGAGGAGGGCACCCACCCCCACCCCAAUAUAAGCCUGUUUUUCCCUCCUUCCUCCUCUCCCCCCCUUUUUUGUUGGAAAGACAAAAUGUGCAGGGUGAUAGCUUCGGUGAAUUGAUGGCAUCCUUCCUCCUGCCAAGCCAACCCGUUUUCUAAAAACCCCUUUAGGAAGGCUAGAGAAUUUUAUUCUGUUGGAGAAUAGAACCCUGAUGGUUGCUUGCACAGAGGGGAAAAGCAGAGAGGAAUACGGGAAUCGUCCUGUGCAAUCUCUGUUGUUUGAAACUUACUUUAUAUCAGAAAUUGAAGAUGAAAACGGUAAGGAAGAUUUCACGCUAUUCAAUGAAAGUUUUUGUUUUUCUUGUGUCCCGAAUAAUGGUGCGUGCAGGGCUUUGGGGAGCGGGGGGAGAUUUAUAUUGCAUUAGGCGAGGUGCAUUUGGAGUAAUUUCAGAGAGAAAACAUUGAGAUGGGGGAAGGGGGUGUGAGGAUUUUUCAACCGAUAAGAGAGGUGAUUGAUAAAGUACCAUCUCGAAUAGUGCACUUUUAAAAAGAUUUUUUAUUCUUUGAAUACUAAGUCGUUGGUAGAAGCAGAAAAGGAAAAACAAAACCAAACCAAAAGCAAACAACAGAUGAAAACCAAAGCAGCCCCCAAACCCCAGCGACAACCCAGGGCUAUUCCGGAUUGCUGCUGAGAUGAGGACGUCCCGCUCUCGGCCGUGCCGUGUCCGGCGGUGUCCACUGCCGCGGUCAGACAAGUGCACACUUUGUACCGGGGCUUGCAGGGUCGGAGCGGCCGCCGUCCCGCAGCGAUGCUGGCGGGGAUGUCGGGCUCUCGCUGGGCUCAUCAGGAAGAUGGAAGCGUGUGGUUUUGAUUUACUUCAAGCCGCUUGGGAUUUGCAAGACUCUUAACCCCGCGGACUCGUGUUUGUCGGUGUAUGUCUGUCUCUGCAGUCGCCCAGGGUUCAAAGGGACUUUGUUUGGUGGGAGGAGGAAAAGAAAUGGAACAAUUUCAGUAACUAUACAAUCUAACAUCUGUCUCAUAUCUUAAGGAAUCUUACAAAUACUUGCUUUGAGUUGAGAAAAUGACUGCAGCUAUAGAAGAAAGUACCUGUCCAGAAAGUGGAACAUCCUAUAGUUAAUUUGAAAGUAGCAUAAAAUAAAUAUACCUGUUAUGGUGCGAUUCUGGAGUGAAGUUAACUCUGUAGCACACAGGUAGCUCUCCAAGGAGGAAGAAAAAAGAACUUUCUGUUUUUUCUAAAUUAUGGAAAUUUUUUGGAAGACGUGGACAUGGAUUUUGAGCCUAGUCAUGGUUUCAUCGGAGUUUUUCAGUAACAGCAGGCUUUCAUACAGUUCUCAAGAGGAAUUCCUGUCUUACCUUGAACACUACCAACUAACAAUCCCAAUAAGGGUUGAUCAAAAUGGAGCCUUCCUCAGCUUUACUGUGAAAAAUCCUAAACCCUCAAGAAGGAGGAGGAGCACAGACCCUUAUGACCAAGAACUGGCAGCAUCUAAAUUAUUUUUUAAACUUUCUGCCUAUGGCAAGCACUUUCAUUUAAACCUGACUCUCAACACAGAUUUGGUGUCCAGACAUUUUACAGUAGAGUACUGGGGGAAAGAUGGACCGCAAUGGAAGCAUGAUUUCUUAGACCACUGUCAUUACACAGGAUAUUUGCAAGACCAACACAGUACAACUAAAGUGGCCUUAAGCAACUGCAAUGGUCUGCAUGGAGUCAUUGCUACAGAAGAUGAUGAGUAUUUUAUUGAGCCUUUAAGAAAUAUAACAGAAGAUUCUACUAACUAUAAUUACGAGAAUGGUCAUCCUCAUGUUAUAUACAAAAAAUCUACCAUGCACCAGCAGCACCUCUAUGAUCACAGUCACUGUGGAGUCUCAGAAGACAUCACAAGAAGCGGCAAACCUUGGUGGAUGAAUGAUGCAUCUGCUUUCCCAGCUUCACUUCCAGUCAAUGGCACACUAAGUAGUCAUAGUCGACAGAAGAGAUCUGUAAGCCUUGAACGGUUUGUGGAAACACUGGUAGUAGCAGACAAAAUGAUGGUGGGAUACCAUGGUCGCAAAGACAUUGAACACUACAUUUUGAGUGUAAUGAAUAUUGUUGCCAAACUUUAUCGUGAUUCCAGUCUAGGAAACGUUGUGAAUAUUAUAGUGACACGCUUGAUUGUCCUCACUGAAGAUCAGCCAAACUUGGAGAUAAACCACCAUGCAGACAAGUCCCUCGAUAGCUUCUGUAAGUGGCAGAAAUCCAUUCUCUCCCACCAAAGUGAUGGAAACACCAUUCCAGAAAAUGGGAUUGCCCACCAUGAUAAUGCGGUUCUUAUUACUAGGUAUGGUCAUUAUAAGUAUUGUGUUUGUUUUAUUUCUUGUAGCUUUCUUGUUCUUAGCAUAUUUAUGUCUAGAGGCCAGUUGCAAAAUAAUAUAUUUGGUAAGUAACCUUAAAAAGAGGAAAGUUAAUACAUGGCUUGUCUUAAAUAUGUCAGAUUAUUAAAGUUUAGAUUAAGAAUUUGGAAAAGUAUGAUCUGCAAAUCACUUGCUUCUGCUGUUAUUUUCACAUAAUUGCCAGUACAAAGUAUUGCAGUAGAAAAGAUGGAUCCUAUUGAACAUUUUAUACUUUAAUAAUUGAAAAGAAUUUAUAAGAUCACAGAGAACAAAACAGAAUGAGAAAUGUAUUGUUAAUCACGUAAAGUGUUUUUGUAAGAAUUUCAAGCCAGAACUUCAACUAGUGUAGUAGUAUUUCUCUGAAAACAGGUUCUUGCAGAUUCCAGCAAUAUGAGACUCUGCUUUGUAGCUGGUUUGAUUUAUUAUGCUUAAUUAAGAUGAGAACUGACAAUUUUAAUAGAUAGUUUCAAAGCCUGCAUUUGUGCCCAUUUGUUUGCUUUUGUUUCACUGUUACUCUGAUAAAUUCAACAUAACCUCCACUGUAAUCCUGUGAUCCUGAUAAAGGCAUUUGUGUCUGUCCCUUUGCAGUUUGGUGUAGGCAACUGUACUUUAAUAGAAGAUAAGUCUCACUGUUAUUUAAGGAUACUAUUAAUUCUUUUUUGUUUUGUUUAAGUAGCAGCAGGUUCAUCCGCUCUUAUUUUGAUUAGGAUCCUUUAAUUAUGAUUUCUACU